AUGGCUCAGGACUCAUCCCUGACACAGACGCUUGCCAAGUUCCCCGGCUGCGCGAUCCCAUGCCUAGGGCAAUCUAUUCCCAAAUCACACUGUUCAAUGACGAACCAAACAUGCUUGUGUACCGAUCAAGUCUUCAAAGAUGGCCUGACAAACUGUGUCAUGUCAAGCUGCACAAUCAAGGAAGCCAUAAUGGUAAAAAAUCUGACAUCGACAUCUUGUGGAGAUCCUUUUCGAGACAAGUCAGGUCAAUAUGCUGUCGUUUCCAAAGUGUUUGCAAUCAUCUCCUCCAUGUUUGUCAUACAGCGCUUUGCGUACAAGUUCUGGGCAAAACUGGAAUAUGGCCUUGAUGAUUGGUUCGUAUUACUUACAACCGUGGUCGGAAUACCUACCACCGUUAUGAAUGUGCAUUACGUGGCACCAAACGGUAUAGGCAGAGAUGCUUGGACCCUGACGUACGACAAUAUUAUCAACUUUGGACGUUACUUUUACAUAUUAGAGAUCAUCUACAUAGUCGAAGUUUCACUCAGCAAACUGGCCAUUUUAUUCUUCUACAUUCGAAUCUUUCCGGGCCGGCGCGUUCGGCGGGUGCUUUGGGGUUCGGUUGCCUUUGUGGCCUUGUUUGGCAUCGCAUUUACCUUCAGUGCCAUAUUUCAAUGCACGCCCAUCGACCACAAUUGGUUGAAGUGGGAUGGAAUACACGAGGGACGAUGUGUCAAUAUUAAUGCAGGGGCAUGGUCAAAUGCCGCGAUAAGUAUUCUUUUAGAUGGAUGGAUGCUGGCUGUUCCCUUAUGGCAAUUAAAGGCGCUGAACUUGGACUGGAAGAAAAAGAUUGGAGUCGGCCUGAUGUUCGGCGUUGGUACAUUUGUUACCAUAGUGAGCAUCUUGCGCCUCAAAUCACUGGUCAAGUUUGGAUCCGAUUCUACCAACCCCACGUGGGACUUUUUCAAUGUCGGCAUUUGGUCAGUUGUUGAGAUCAACGUCGCCGUUAUCUGUGCCUGCCUACCCACGUUCCGUUUAGUCCUAGUUCGACUAUUUCCUCGGAUACUUGACACAUCCCAGCGGUUCUACGCUAAACAUGGAACAAAAAAUGGAUACAAAUCGCCAACAAGACGGGGUAGCCGGCCGAUGGGAACGACGUCGGUCUCGCACGUCGAAAGAUCACAAAACGGGCGAGAGCCUCUAUCGAAACACAUCACCUUCCACAAAACGUUUAGUAUCGAGUAUGGUGAGACGGAUCCUGAGCACGAUGCAGCACAACUUGUGUAUAUGAAGGACUUGGAGAUGAAGAGCCAUCAACCAGACUCACUGUCAGGUGGAUCUUCCACGUCAUGA